CCGAUUUUUUAAUAAAAAAAUAUAAAAAUUUAAAAUUAAUGAUACAAAAUAUGCAACUUCCAAUUCUGUUAGUAAUUCUUUCCAUAAGUAUUGGAUUUGUAAAGUGUGAUAUAUUCGUAGAAUGUAAUAAUGUCGAGAUAAAUACAUAUAUAGCAAGUACAACUAGUUGCCGUGAAUACAUAUUUUGUAAUAAUGAGGAUUCUUUCAUGGGUGAAUGCGGCGAGGGAGACUACUUUGAUCAAAUCUAUCAAACUUGCGAUCCAGAGGAAUUAGUUGAUUGCCAAAUAGAUAACAAUGAAGCAAAUAAUACGUUAACAGUCUCAUCAACAACAUCAGUACCAAUAAUAACUCCACCAAUACCCUUUGCGACGGAAACCACAAUAACAACUGCAUCCACUGCAACAGGUACAAGGGAAACAACAAUAAUUGAUACUUCCAUACCUACUCAAACCGCCAGACCCAACUUUAGUCAAUUUACAUUUCCCACAAUACCAACAACUGUAGAGACGCAAAAUGUAUUUCCUGGUAUUGGUAAUGAAAUAAAUAAGAUUGUGAUAUUAUCUGAAUGCCCAGCUGUGGACAAUCGAGAAGUGGUGGGUCUCAUACCACAUCCAAAAUCAUGUUCGGAUUACUUUGUUUGCUUUCAUGGAAAUCCUCUUCCAAUGCAUUGCUCAGCAAUGCUACAUUUUAAUACCAGAACAGGAAGAUGCGACUACCCUGAAAAUGCAAAGUGUAGGCUUGAUUUCGUUACUGCAAAAGAGCAGUGUCAAAGACAUACCACAGAUGUUUAUCCACAUCCAGUAAAUUGUAAUUAUUUCUAUCAUUGCAAAGUUGGAUUUCUCCUACUACAACAGUGCCCCUUCUUUUAUGGAUGGGACAUUGAACGACGUACCUGCCUUCCGAUAGGUCAAGCUAAAUGUUUCAACAAUCAAAGAAGAAUUUAAUUCUU